AUGUAUGCUAAUGAGAAAGCAUCGACACACUCACAGAACGGCAUCAAAGCCACCGUCUACGAACGCGAGGAAGAGGAUACAUACCUCACCCGGCCUCGCGAAUGGGGCAUGACCCUGCAGUUCGGCCAGGAGUACCUGGCCAAAUGCAUCCCACCGGAUCUCGUGGCUCGCCUGGACGAGGCGUGCUGCGACUCGUUCUACACGGGCAAGCACACCUCCUGGCCCAUGUUCAACGGCCAGACGGGCGAGAAGUUCUUCGACGGCGUCCACUCGGACGUCCGCGAAGCUCUUAUGUUCAACGCUUGUUGGACUCUCCCCGCCGACGUCGCCCUUCUGCAACGCAAAGCCCACCCGAUCUUCCGCAUCGGCUAUCACCCCAUGGGAAUGAGCUGGGUGACCGCCAUCCAGGACGUAACAGAUCCCAACGACCCGACCACCUUCCUCUUCCAACAGUGUCUCUCCUGGCCCGGCAGACCGCACGCCGAAGACUUCCCGGGCCAGCAGUCCAAGAUCGACUUCAUCAAGUCCAAGGCCGUGGCGUACGCUGAGCCCUGGAAAAGCGCCGGUCUCAACAUCCCUCCCGACCUGCAGCUGCAGGUCGACCCGAUCACCAUGUGGAGCCCGGAUAUGGAUUGGUCGUCGUCCUCUCCGCUGUGGCCGCACGUCACUCUUGCCGGGGACGCCGCACACAACAUGCCACCGUUCCGCGGGCAAGGGCUCAACAACGUGUUUCAAGACGCCGAGAAGCUCGUGUCGGAGCUGUACGAUGUGAAAGAAGGUAACAAGUCUUUGGAGCAGGCGGUGAGGGUGUACGAAGAGGAAAUGAAGCCUCGCAGUCUCAGGGAGAUCUCGGUCAGUCUGAUGCAGAGCCGCAUGGUGCAUAACUGGGAGACUCUGAUGAGUGCACCCAUGAUUAAGGCUGGCAUGCACGCGUACAGGGAGGAAGUCAAUGGCAAUGUGGAAACAGCAAGCGGCGGCUAG